CUCUUUGCAGUAAUGCAUAAACGUUGUUAUGGUGUUAUGACACUAGCUUAAUCGAUAUUUUAUAAUCAAUUAAAAAUAAGAAAUUAAACUUGUUUACAUUUUGUUUAUGGCUAGAGCUUGUGGAAAACCGAAUUAGAAUUCCAUUCCGAUUCGAAACAAUGUGUAAUGACGUAUUGCAUCUCUAUGCGACCGAGAGGGUCACAAUGUCGACGCUUCACAUGGAACUCCAGAACCCAAGAGAUAUAUCCAGAACUCUCAAAAAAUCUUCAGUUCUUGAUCGACAAACAACGAGAGAGACAAUAUUAUUAUGGCAAGCUUUUCAUUCAUCUUCCCUGAAGACAGACAUUGUUCCAUUAAGGACAACGAAGUCAAUUCAGGGUGGAUCUCAACGGUAACCGAACUCAACACCCGUGGCGAUCCAGAUUCAGAGAGUCAGAACAUCCGUCAGAGCGUUGCAGAGGUACUUGGUGACAAGUACCACUACGCGAAUGCCAUCGACAGCUCUCUGCUCUGGACUGUUGGGUACACCCCCUACAUUCCCCCAGCUCUGAAAGGAAGAAGCUUCCCCUCUGUAGAGAGCUUCUUCCUGGAUGAGUGGGAGCCACUGACACUCCUGCAGACUCCUCAGGUUCUGUCCACCAGUGUAUCCAUCGAGGAAGACAACCUGAUCCAGUCUGAUGCAGGCGUAGUGUCUCAGGUUCUGUCCACCAGUGUUGCCGUCGUGGAGAAUGACUUGAUCCAGUCUGCUGCAGGCCUAGUGUCUCAAGUUCUGUCCACUAGUGUUGCCAUCCUGGAGAAUGACCUGAUCCAGUCUGCUGCAGGCCUAGUGUCUCAGCUUCUAUCCACCAGUGUUGCCAUCGUGGAGAAUGACCUGAUCCAGUCUGCUGCAGGCCUAGUGUCUCAGGUUCUGUUCACCAGUGUUGCCAUCGUGGAGAAUGACCUGAUCCAGUCUGCUGCAGGCCUAGUGUCUCAGGUUCUGUCCACCAGUGUUGACAUCGUGGAGAAUGACCUGAUCCAGUCUGAUACAGGCCUAGUGUCUCAGGAGCUGUUCAGCAGUGACGCUAGAGUGAAGGAUCGUGAUGAUUCCACACUGAGAGACUCCAACCAACCUGAGGUCCAUGUUGCUGAUUUCUCAACCAAGAGAAGUAGUCUAGUCAUCACUAUUUCUAUGUUUUCAACCGAGAGUUGCAAUGCUUCGGUCCAUGAAGGUGAUGCUAUUGCUACCAGCCUGGAGCACUCUACUGAGAAAAUGUCUACCUCUACCGCUGAUGGCCACAUUGUUUCAUCCACUGCUGUUGCCAAUCAGAAGAAUACAAGGGGUGGAUUCGUCUCAUCUCUACGGAGACUGUUCACAAGAAAGAACAGGAAGCCUGCCAAAGUGGCUUCCAAGAAGGAGCACAUUCACUUGGUUGACUGCCUCAAUGCUGUCACCCACUGA